AUGGCAGAGAAGAGGACGUUUGAUGCUGCAUUCGAAGGGCAUCUUGCUCAUGUUGUGCACCAGAAUUCUACGAGCAACUCAAAGCAGCCUUGGGAGAGAAGCAUUGUGAAUGUGCCGAGUGUAUUGCCGAAAGCUUUCUUGGGAAGGGGGCGUCUUGGGAAUGUGCUUACUCAUACGGCUGCUGCUCCUGUGAAAGCUCCGAGUGGCCCGUCGGCUAUAAAUCUGACUGCUACUGGAGGCAAGCUGCCACGGAAGGUUGGGCCUUCCUGGAUUCAGAGACAAUCGGAUAACAGACAUGCGGCUGUCAUGAAGUGGCUUCGGAUUGCUAAAGAGGGUGGCGACUUCUUUGGGGUCUGUGCUAGAGUGGCGGAAGAUGCUGAAGCUGGAUUGCCAGCCUCACUGCAGGAGUCUCUAGGAGAUGUUUUCUCACUCAAGGCGAGCAGUACGCUUCACAGCAGGGCUGGCCCGGUCCUGAGAUACAUGGCAUUCUGCUGGCGCAUCAGAGAGCAGCCUUUCCCUUUGUCCGAGCAGAAGAUGUAUCGCUUCGUCAAGGAAUACUGCAGUGGGGCUGCGCCUACCUUUGCCGCCAGCUUUAUGAGUUCCAUUGGCUUCAUGCAAUAUGUCUUGGAGGCGAAGGUCCCGGCCGAUUGUGUUAGCAGCCGGCUGGCUGGCGCAGUUUCGAAGCUCUACUUGGAGAAGAGAAAGCUGCAACAGAAGCCGCCGCUGACGGCUUCACAGAUUCGGGCUUUGGAGCGAAUUGUGCUGGGACUUAUACCUGAAGUCCGUGCGGAUGUCGAUAGAUACGCGGCAGGGUGCUUUUUGUAUUGUGUGUUUGCAAGAGCCCGCUAUUCGGACAUGCAGUGUUCUGGUGAGCUGGCGAAAGACAUCGUGCAAGGUGAGCGCGGACCGCGUGGGUACCUUGAAGCGAGGGUCACCAGGAGUAAAACGAGUCACAACUUGGAGCGUAAGACCCGAUAUCUUGCUAUGGUCAGUCCGAUAUGGGGCCUUGAGCAGGAUUCUUGGGCGUUGGCUUGGAUGGAGGUGGCUGGCAGGGCGGGGCCCGCAUGGGGGCCUGACAUGCCCCUGCUACCGUCCCCCACCGACGGUGGCCAAUGGCAGAAGGCGCCUAUGUCUGCGCAGGCUGGAGCGCGGUGGCUUCGCCACCUUCUCUAUCGUGCAGGCGAGGAUGUCGCAUCGGUCAAGGCCGUGGGCACUCACUCCUGCAAAGCUACGCUUUUAUCUUGGAUGUCCAAGUGGGGAGAUAGUAAGGAGAUCAGGUCGAUACUCGGAUAUCAUUCUAGUGCCAACGCCGGCACGGAUGUGAUCUACGCGAGGGACAGCGUUUCCCCUGCAUUGCGUGAGCUGGAGGAAAUGGAUUUUGAGCCGAGCGGUUGCCUUCGAGAAAGCCUGGAGGGCAAGGCGGUUUUUCGGCAUGUCACCACCCGCUUCAUACACUUAGUUUUUGCAUCCGAUCUGCCGGCAGUGCUUUCCAGAGGCGAGGUGAGGGAUCGUAGGCGGGAUGAAUAUGCGCACGGAAUACAAGGAACGCUGUGCUCGGCAUUGCAGUGGUCUCAAGAGCCCGGAGUCGCAAAUGCGGGGUUUGAUCAGACUGAGCGUGAUCUCAUCCUGAAGCACGUUAAGAGUUUGAAGCAGUUGGCCUUCGUGAGCUCUUUUGCUCCGGGGGCUGCGGACGAAGGUCCGUUGAUCGAGGCCCUUAAGGCGAUGCUUGGAAAGGACCCAGAGAUGAGUCAGAAAGCAGCUUUCAGAGCCGUAUUUCAUGAAGCUUAUGCCAUUGUCACUUCGGAGAUGCGACAGCAGGUCGAAAGGGUAGAGGAACCGACAGUUCGUCAUUUGAGUCAGCCCGAGAGGGCUGAGAGAAUUGAGCGCCAGCGUUCACAGUUGACUGGCAUCACGAUAAAGGGUUCCUCGGAACCAUCAGAGGCCUUGGUCGACCUGUGCGUCGGUCAGUACGAGGCCAAUGUGAUUCAGUAUGUGCCUUGGUCAAAGUGCACGUCGCGGGAACAAGAGCUCCUAGGCGACGGUAAGAAGGACCUGAAGCUUUCGAUUGACGGCGAGAGUGGUAAGCUUAAGGUGGAAAACAAGGCCAAAGAUCAGGUGGCCGAUACAUCCACUGAGGUGAUGCUUCUGCAGGCCCUGCAGCGGCGUGCUCUUGCAUUCGAUCAAGCUAACAUUGUCUCUUUCACAAAGCUUGACAUGUGGCAUCAGAAGUUGAUGAAGGCGAGGUUGACUCCACCUCCGCCGGGUUACCAGCAAGUCACAUUCACUCAGUUGCAGAAUGCAGACUCGAGGCUCUUUCUGGAGCUUCAGGACCAUACGCGCACAGGCAUCCAGUCGGAUGCCAAAGGUCGUCCGAUCGAUGGCAUCAUAGAUUCAGUCAGCUGCAUGCACGAGGUGGUGUCGUUGAUGCAGCCGCUACAGGGCGGCCCUUCGUCUUCGUACGGUCCCAGUGAGCCUGCUCGACUGAGGGAGUCACCGUAUAAAGGCAAAGGCAAGGGCAAAGAUGGCAAAGGAAAGAAGCGCUUCGUUGCCAUGCCGAGCGAGCUUCGUGGGUGCAAUUCGCACACCGCGAAAGGACAUCCGAUCUGCUAUGCCUUUAACCUGGGGUCAUGCCCGAACAAGGUGACCGGCAAUAAGUGUGAGAAGGGAUUGCACAUCUGUGCAGUCCCCAAGUGCGGCAUGAACCACGCCGCUAUCAAGUGUCCCAAGAAGCCGAAAGAUGGCGAGCAGGAAGUGCUUAAGGCCCAUCCCGAAGGGGAUGAGCCUCUUUUGAGUGCGCCCGAAGGGGCCCAAGCAAUGCCAUUUGAAGAGCAGGGAUCGAACCCACUCGAUCCAAAGGUUCAUGCGGACUCUUAUGCCGAGGAGCUUCUGUCUUUGGACAGGGAUCCCACGGCCCAGGAGUUGAUUCGUUUGUUUGACAUGCUUCCUCAGGAGCCGCUUUUGAGCAAGACUCGUGACGAUGGAGCCGCGGCCUUCUCGACUGGUGCCUACGUGAAGGGGCCUCUGCUCGGUCUCAGGAGUAACUGCAGCAAACAUCCGGCGGCUUCAAAGAUUUUCGCUCAGGCGGUGCAACGCGCUGCCCCGGGAAUGAAAUUUUCUACUCUGAGUGUGUUUUCAGACCUGAAGACGGAGCCUCAUGUCGACCGCUUCAACUCUCCUUUCCCUAACAUUCUUGUGCCACUCAGCAAUUUUCGGAAAGGAGAGGUCUGGGUCGAGUCAGCUCAGGGCGUUUUUCCUUGUGAGGUCGAUGGUGUUACGAAGCGCGGCAUCUUGAUCGAUGUUGCCUCCGGACCGAAGGCCUUCUAUGCUUGCAGCCAUGUGCACGCUACACGGCCGUGGAGCGGCCGACGCGUAGUCAUAGUUGGUUUUUGUAUUGCUAGGGUUCAGGAGCUUGACGUGGACUGUAGGGCGCGCUUGGCUGAGCUUGAUUUCCCUGUGCCCCAGACGCCGCCCAACUUCAGCCCGGAUUUGAUCGAGGUCAGGGGUACCUUCCAUGACCUCAGAAGUUCUCAAGUGGAUGCAGCCUGUGAUGCCCUCCCGGCUCAACUGCAAGCCGCCUCUCUGCUGUGCCUUGACCUCUUUUGCAAUGCAGGCGAGUUCGGGGCCUCCCUGAAGGCAGCCGGAUUCGAUGUGCUCGCGAUCGAGCAACCGCACCUGAAGCAGAGAGCUUUGCUCAGCGUUGUGUCGCUGGAUCUUAGGAAGGCUGCCUCUUGGGACUUCCUAGUUAAGGUUGUGCUCGCUAGGAGGGUCGUCUUCGUGCUUGCCGCCCCCACUGUGGCCGCCUCUUCAGGCGACCUUCCCGAAGGUUUUGCCCAGGUGGCUUCCGAGCUCAGCUCAUUCUUGGCAUUGCCCGCCACUCUUGAUAUCGGAUGGGGAGUCUUGAAUCCGCUAAGCAGCCGGCUGUGGGCGACUUUGGCGCUGCCUGCCUCGCAUGUCGUCAAGUUCGACCUGCUUGCCCAUGGUGGCGAGCAACACCAGCAGUAUGAUGCCAAAAAUUCCUUGACGGCCGCUUUUCAAUCGGAUGAGUUCGUCAGGACAGCAGUCACUCUGUCCCAUCCUUUCGACUUGUCUUCGGCAGUGCCAGAUGAGAUGCUCGAGAUUCUUGCGUUCACUCUCACCAAAGGGCCGUUGGCUGUCAUGAGGCAUCGCUUGGACACCUUGACGAAAUGGAAAAAGUGGUCUCAGGAACUUCGUGGAGCAGAGGCCUCCUUGCACGCGAGGCUUCACCCAGAUGUCGAGAAGAUAGUUGCACGCAAGAACUUGACUCUCCUGCGACGUGUGGCUGAAGACUUGCAGUGGCCUGAUGCCACGAUAAUCGACGACAUCGAGAACGGCUUUGAGCUUGUGGGUGAGGCCAAGGUUACAGGCAUCUUCGAGGUGGAUCCGAAACCCUCUUCGAUGUCCGUGGACGAGUUGCUUGAUCAUGCGAAGUUCUUGAAGCCAGCCCUGUGGGGCAAGGUGUCGGGAGAUGCGAGCCACCCGGAUGAUCAGGAGCUCUGGGAUCUCACUUGUGCUGAAGCCGAUGAGAAAGGCUGGUUGCAUGGGCCCUACACGUGGGAACAACUGCAGAACAUGUUUGACUCAAAGUGGAUACCUGUGCGCAGAUUCUCCAUCCGGCAAAAGAACAAAUUGCGACCCAUCGACGACCUGUCCGAGAAUGCCGUCAAUCAAGCUUGGACAGUGAUGGAGAGGAUAGGUUUGCGCGCGCUUGAUGAAAUCACUUGGGCCUGUAUGGCUUUGAUGAGGGCCAGCUUGGGCCGACGCGAAGUUUUCUUCCGGAAAUCCGACGGCUCUGUUUUGUCUGGUCCUUUGCAUUCGUAUUGGCAGCAAGACACUCGUCGUUGCUCGCCGGUCUUGAAGACUACGGAUCUGCGCUCAGCUUAUAAACAGUUUGCUAUCCGGCCAGGACAUCAUCGGAUGUGCGUGGUGACCUUGAAGGAUCCAGCGGACGGCUUAACAAAGGGAUUCGUCUGCCGCGUGUUGCCGUUCGGGGCUUUGGCCUCGGUCGGGCAGUUCAACAGGUUUUCGAGGCUGUGGCAAAGGAUUCUCUGGGAGCUGAAGCUCGCUGCGGCGAGCUAUUUCGACGAUUUUCCGUCGGUGGAGGUCAGGGCCCUUGCCGAGAACCAUGAUUCCUCAGUGAAGGCAGCGCUGCGACUUUUUGGAGUUGACUGGGCGAGCGACAAGGACCUUCCCUUCUCGCAGACAGCCGACGUCUUGGGCGUCCGACUGGACGCGACUGACACGGAGGGCGGAGUGCUGAGGGUCAGAAACAAGCCUGAGAGAUCCAAGGAAAUUGCUUCUUCGAUCGACAAGAUCCUUGCGGAUGGCUGUAUUGAUCCAAAGCAGAUCCCCUCUUUGUUUGGCCGGAUACAGUUUUCGGAGAGUCAGUUGAUGGGCCGACAGGGACGCUUGGCUUUGGCUCAGAUUCGCUGGCUUUCGAGUGCUCGUCACCGUCACGUUCUAUCUUCUUUAGACGCUACUGUCUUCAGAAGCUUGAGGGAGAGGAUGCUUGAGGGCCGGCCACGCGAGAUCCAGGUUCUUCCCGUUGGCGGCCAGACUCUCGUUUUCACUGAUGGUGCAUGCGACAAGCUGGGCGACAAGUUUAGCUGCUCAAUCGGAGGUGUCAUGUAUCGGGUGCUUCCAACUGGUUCCUAUGAGACGAGGGCGUUCGGGUGCUACCUGGACGAAUCGGUCGUCGAGCAAUGGGCGGGACUGGGGAAGAGACACUUGAUAGGUCCUACCGAGCUUUUCGCGGUGGUGGCGGCCCGACACAUGUCUGGAAAGAUUUUCUGA